AGCUAGCUGUAUCACAGCGAAUUAACACCAGAAAUAAUACGAUCAAGUAUCAACUUGAUUAAUUAUACUACUUAAGGGGCUGUGUGUGCUACCUACUUACUAAUUCCGGCAAUUGUUCAUUUCACUCUUAUCUGGAUCUGGAUCUGCCUGUCAUAUUAACAUGAAGCAUCGCGUCUGCAAUGUUAGUUUCUGGUUUCUUUUCCUUGUAGUUCUAUCAGUCGUCACAGCUCAAGAAGUUGAGGAUGAGAGAGAGUUCGAUUACGUUGAGGGAAGUGAAAAGGGGCCAAAUCAUUGGGGAGAAAUGAAGAAGGAAUGGGCAGCCUGUAACAAUGGAGGCAUGCAAUCUCCCAUCGAUCUUUCAAACAAGAGAGUGAAGAUAAUACCCAAGUUGGGGAAGCUAAAAAAGAGUUACAGACCUAGUAAUGCCACCGUCAAGAAUAGAGGGCACGACAUUUCGCUUCAAUGGGAGGGCGACGCAGGAUCAGUUCGGAUCAACGGAACUGAAUACUUGCUUAAACAAUGUCACUGGCAUUCGCCGUCUGAGCACUCCAUCAACGGCAGGAGGUAUGACAUGGAGCUCCAUAUGGUCCAUCUCAGCCCCGAUCCCAAUGUGACAAACAAGAUUGCUGUCGUCGGAGUCCUUUACAAGUUUGGUCGCCACCCUGAUUCUUUCCUCUCUAAGUUGAGGGGGCAUGUAAGAUCCAUGACUGAUCGAAAGGAACAUAGAAACAUAGGGAAGAUUGAUCCAAGAGAAAUCAAAAUGGGUGGCAACAACUACUAUAGAUAUAUGGGCUCACUCACUGUUCCUCCAUGUACUGAAGGUGUCAUUUGGACAAUCCAUAAGCAGAUAAGAAGUGUCUCGAGGGAACAAGUAAAACUAUUUCGUUCGGCUGUGCACGAUUAUGCAGAGAGGAAUGCGAGGCCAGUACAACCACUCAACCUCCGAGAAAUAGAGAUGUAUGAUCAAACAGCAAAUCAGGAGCAACACCAAUAAGAACCUGUCCGCCAAAUAUAUCAUACCACCCUAGAUAUAUAGUUCCUAUAUAUGUUUAUGAUAAUCCAUGGAUCGAUAUCGACCAUGCUAAAAAUGAGGAAUUGUGUUUUCUUGUAGCAGUGUUCUUCUACAUCUACUUAAUCUAAUUUGCUACAUUUGUCUUG